AUGCCACAAACAGCGGCUGUCAAAGAUAGCGGCCGCCACAGUAUGAUGAAGAGAGAGAUCGACAAUAAUGGCGGAAACGGCGACCAGAGUGAAUCUGAUGACGGAGGGAAGGGAGUAGAGCUGGUUUAUGAGAAUAAACUGCGAUGGUAUCAAAGGUUGAACCCGAUCAGACUCCGAAAACCACCACCUGUGCCGUCAGAGCGGGCCAUUUCAAAAGAGCAUGGAGCCAGCCUGUUAAGUGUCAUCACAUUUCAAUGGAUGCACCCGCUGAUGAUGACGGGCUACCUCCGGCCCCUUCAGCUGCAGGAUAUCUGGCUGGUAAAUCCAGAUAGAUCCGUCGAAGGGCUCUCUGCGAAACUGGAAGCUUCUUUUCAAAAGAGAAUCGAACGUGGCGACAAACAUCCUUUGCUUGGAGCCGGGUAUGAGACAUUCAAACUUGAGAUAUGGAUUGGGGCAUGCUGCCAGAUGGUUUCUUGCGUUCUCCAAGUUCUCACGCCUUAUACCACCAAAUACCUCAUUGCAUUCGCGACAGAAGCAUAUAUUGCCCAGCAUAAACAUGCUCCCGGCCCUCACAUUCGUAAUGGAAUCGGGAUUGCAGUCGGCAUUACUUGCAUGCAAAUCAUCCAGAGCGUAACGACGAGUCAGUUCUUUUUUCGAGGGAUGAUGGUUGGUGGACAGGCUCGGGCAGUCCUUGUCAGUAUGAUAUUUUCCAAAGCAACAAGGUUAUCCGGGAGAGCUAGAGCUGGUGGGAAGGCUGUCAGCCCAGGUGAGACUGGAACCAAAGCCGCAGAGCAAACAGCUGAGCUUCGAAAGGCUCGUGAUAACAUCUUGACGUCGAUUUUCAGCAAGAAGCGUCGUGUUGGGCCGACGAACGCUGUCGCAGGUGUGAUGGGCGAUGGAACCGGAUGGAGUAACGGCCGCAUUGUCACGCUGAUGAGUGUUGAUACGGACCGUAUCGACAAAGCUCUAGGUCUAUUUCACCUACUUUGGACGUCUCCUAUCAUCAUUAUCCUUGCUCUGAUCCUCCUAUUGGUGAAUAUUGGAUAUAGUGCUCUUUCAGGGUAUGCGCUCUUGGUAGCAGGAAUCCCCUUAUUGACACACGCUAUAAAGUCUCUUAUCAGAAGGCGAAAGAAGAUCAACAAAAUCACUGAUCAGCGAGUAUCGCUCACUCAGGAGAUCCUUCAAGCUGUGAGAUUUGUCAAAUUUUUCGGCUGGGAGCAGAGCUUUUUGAAACGCCUGGAUGAACUUCGGAAGAGAGAAGUCCGGGCAAUUCAGGUUGUGCUUGCCAUCCGCAACGUUCUCCUUUGCAUUGCAUUAUCCCUCCCUGUAUUUGCCUCCAUGCUCUCGUUCAUCACAUUCUCUCUCACCAAACAUCCCCUUAACCCGGCGCCCAUAUUCUCUUCCUUGGCUUUAUUCAAUACUCUUAGAUUGCCAUUGAAUAUGUUACCCUUAGUUCUUGGCCAGGUGACCGAUGCGUGGACUGCACUGAAUCGAAUCCAGGACUUCUUACUUGCUGAGGAACAAGCGGAUGAUAUCGAACGGGAUGACUCUCUGGAAAAUGCACUUGAGAUUGACAAUGCCUCGUUUACCUGGGAACGGCUUCCAACAAGUGAAGAAGACUCUUUCAACAAAAAGGGCUCUGGAAACCGCAAAGGAAAGGUCAAAGCGAUCAAGGAUAUGGAGAAAGAGACUGCUGAUUCGGGCCUCCAAAGCCCUACAGAGCCAUUUCAACUUACCAAUCUAUCCUUUACUGCCGGCCGCAAUGAGCUCAUUGCUAUCAUUGGUACAGUGGGUUGUGGUAAAAGUUCUCUGCUCGCCGCUCUUGCAGGAGAUAUGCGAAUGACAGGUGGCCAUGCAUCUAUGGGAGCUUCUAGAGCCUUUUGUCCUCAGUACGCCUGGAUCCAAAACGCGACAGUGAAGGAAAACAUCUUGUUUGGCAAAGAGUACGAUGAAGCCUGGUAUAACCAAGUCAUCGAUGCUUGCGCUCUGAGAGCAGAUCUCAAAAUGCUACCUAACGGAGACCAAACAGAGAUUGGAGAACGAGGAAUAACCAUUUCGGGAGGCCAAAAACAGCGGCUGAAUAUUGCUCGUGCGAUAUAUUUCAAUAGCUCAAUGGUCCUUUUGGACGACCCUCUCUCUGCUGUGGAUGCCCAUGUUGGCCGCCAUAUCAUGGAUAAUGCCAUAUGUGGACUUUUGAAGGACAAAUGCCGUAUCCUUGCUACGCAUCAGCUCCAUGUUCUAAGCCGGUGUGAUCGAAUCAUAUUAAUGGAUAAUGGGCGUAUUGAAGCAAUUGAUACCUUCGACAACCUCAUGCGCCAUAAUGACAGUUUCCAAAAGCUCAUGUCCUCGACCAUGCAGGAAGAAGAGCAGGAUAAAAAAGAGGAAGCAAGAACUGUCGAUGGAAACGCUGAAGUGGUUAAGGCGUCGGACGAGGAGAAUGGACCACCAGUUAAAGCACCGGGCGCCCUGAUGCAAAAAGAGGAAAGAGCGGUGAAUUCUGUCAGUUGGAAAGUUUGGGGAGCCUAUAUUUCGAACUUUGGGUGGCCCAUCAAUCUACCUAUAAUCGUUCUCGGCCUCAUACUUGCAAAUGGCGGUACAAUUGUCAAUGCCCUGUGGCUCUCUUAUUGGGUAUCCAGGAAAUUUGACUUCUCCACAGGGGCAUAUAUUGGGGUGUACAUUGCUCUGGGCGUAGCGCAGGCUCUUUUCCUAUUCAUUUUCUCAACCACCUUAACAAUAAGCGGAACUAACGCUAGCAAAGCUAUGCUUUCUCGGGCUAUCAACAAGGUGCUGCGAGCUCCGAUGUCGUUCUUCGACACUACGCCUCUAGGCCGAAUGACGAACAGGUUUUCAAAGGAUAUACAUACCAUGGAUAACGAUUUAACAGAUGCGAUGCGCACAUUUUACCUGACCUUUGGCUUAAUUCUUGCUGUGAUCGCUUUGAUCAUUGUGUACUUCCACUAUUUCGCCAUUGCACUGAUUCCAUUGCUUAUAAUAUUCCUUUUUGCAGCGAAUUUCUACCGGGCAUCUGCAAGGGAACUGAAACGUCAUGAGGCGGUACUUCGGUCAGAGGUCUUCUCGCAGUUCACUGAAGCCAUAUCGGGAACAGCAUCUAUAAGAGCAUAUGGACUCCAAGGUUAUUUUACACGACGACUCCAAAAGGCUGUUGAUAACAUGGAUAGUGCAUAUUUCCUUACCUUUUCCAACCAGCGAUGGCUAACCGUCCGACUGGACGCCGUUGGUUGGUUGAUGGUUUUCGUAACAAGCAUAUUAGUUGUUACAUCGAGGUUCAACGUCGAUCCAAGCAUCUCAGGUCUGGUGCUCUCGUUCAUCCUUUCGAUCUCCCAACUACUGCAGUUUACCGUCCGCCAGCUUGCUGAGGUAGAGAACAGUAUGAAUGCAACGGAAAGAAUCCAUUACUAUGGAACACAGCUGGAAGAGGAGGCCCCAUUGCACUUACGCCAAAUGGACGAGAGGUGGCCACAAUCCGGCCAAAUAUCUUUUAUGAAUGUUGAGAUGAGAUAUCGUGCUGGUUUACCGCUGGUUCUCCAAGGGCUUAAUCUAAAUAUUAAGGGAGGGGAACGAAUUGGCAUCGUAGGAAGGACUGGAGCUGGUAAAUCCAGUAUCAUGUCCGCUCUGUUCCGACUGACUGAGCUCUCAGGGGGUUCAAUCACAAUUGAUGGUAUUGAUAUUUCAACUGUUGGCUUGCAUGAUCUGCGCAGCAGACUGGCUAUCAUCCCACAGGAUCCAGCCCUGUUUCGCGGAACGGUACGAUCCAAUCUGGAUCCCUUUAACGAACACACUGAUCUUGAACUUUGGUCCGCACUGCGACAAUCCCACCUUAUCAGCGAAGAAAAGGAGAAUUUCGGCACCGUCGAGAACGUUGAAAAGAACACGGCCUUGUCUGAAAGCGAUAACCAACAACAGCAACAAAAGAUUCAUCUAGAUACUGCGGUGGAAGAGGAAGGAUUGAACUUCUCUCUGGGUCAAAGACAGCUAAUGGCUUUAGCCAGGGCCUUGGUGCGUGGUUCUCGUAUCAUUGUCUGUGACGAAGCUACCUCUUCAGUCGAUUUCGAGACAGACCAGAAAAUCCAGGAAACAAUGGCGGUUGGGUUCAAGGGCAAGACGCUCCUCUGCAUUGCACAUCGUCUUCGGACAAUUAUCAAUUAUGAUAGGAUAUGUGUGAUGGACCGGGGGCAGAUAGCCGAGAUGGACACUCCGCUUAAUCUCUGGGAGAAAGAGGGAAUAUUUAGGGGAAUGUGUGAACGAAGUGGCAUUGUAAAGGGCGAUUUGGUAGAAGGUAUAGAAGGCUAG